GAACCAAAUCAGGACAGAAUAAACGAACGGAAGACAAUGAAGCUCUUCGGAACAACAGCUGCCUCACUUGUGGGUACAAGGGUUUCGAGCAGGCUUUCCUCACCGGUUUUCUACCGACACGAUCAGCCGCAAGAGGUAGCAACUUACAAAUACGUGCCAGCUUACAGGCCCACCAACGAGUAUAUCGCUCCAAAAAGCAUGCCAUUCACCUUGCAUGUGUACAACAUUCCCAGAAGCAUCAGCAGGAAGUUAUUUUUGGACCUGGUGAGCAAACGGGUCAAUGAGCCGAUAUUCCACUGUAAUUUUGUGAAUGACCGGGAAAGAAAUGUAUUUUUAGGUGUGGCAUAUGUGAGGUUCAAGGAUGAAGAGAGCGGCAAGAGGGCCAUGAAGGCAUUGGACGGUAUGCAGAUUGGCGAUUUGAUAAUUGGCGCCAAUGUUGCCAAGAGACAGUACUAGUUAGGGUUUGAGAUGACGAUGUAUUGUUAUGUGACCAAUUGAUGUUAAUUAAAUACCACA